AUGGCUGUAGGAACGACGGUUAUUUGUUUACAAAGUUUCCAAACAUACGAUACAUCAUACGGUUGCCGCAUGAUGCCAUUAAAUAGUACUUGCGGUAAUCAAGUCCUGGACACCGUAAUUCCUAGAUUAAAGACUGUGGCAGUGGACCCACCAGAGUCAACUACAGUGAAAGUUCCUCAAUCACCUGAAACAGAAGAGACCAUCAACAACUGUGAUUUAGAGUUUACUCCAAUUGACGUUAGCGAUGGAUUUUGCAAAGGAGACUCGGGUAGAACACAAUCACAGUCUAUAUAUACAUGUCAUUGUGAAGCUUCAUUCAAACACAAGUCAUGGUACCUGAAGCAUCAGUUGACACACGGGGCAGGCACUUUUGAAUGUGACAAAUGUUCAAAAGUGUUCAAACGUAAAGAUAAUUUGAGAAGACAUUUAACGAAACAUUUUGGUGGCACAAUAUACAAAUGCCAAAAAUGUCCAUCAACUUUUAAUAUGAAAUUUAACUUAUCAUAUCAUAUGAAAACCAAGCAUGGGAAUGUUUGUUUUUCAUGCCCAAAAUGUGACAAAAACUUUUGUGACAGUAGACAACUAAAUUACCAUGAUAACAGAAUCCACACCGGGUUAAUGCCAUUUGAAUGUAUUGUGUGCAAUAUGAGAUUUCAUGCACCAAAUGACUUAUACCGUCAUCGCAAAUUAAAGAAUCAUUAAUGGACAUUGCAUGUCAAUAAUUGAUAUAUCUUUUGUUGUAUGCCACGUUUGAGCAACAAUAAGAUUUAGUGUUUGAGGUGAUGUUUGAAAUAAUUUAUGUACUGAUGAAAAAUAUUCCAAGUCCAAAUGGCAGAAAUAAAAAGACACAAAAUGCAACAAUAGCACACUG